CAAUCACAAGCAAAUAUGCUCGAGUUAAAGAGUUAGACCUCUGUAAAACUGUGUUGCAGAACAAAGAGAGAAAGAAGAGCCAUCACCUAGGUCCUCGAGGGAAAGUCAGUCAUCCACCUGUCUCUAAUUAUACAAUUAGUUUAAUGCUGCUCUCAAAUUCAUUUUCUUUAACUUCCCCAAAGUUCCCAUCGCCAAAACUCACCCUUUACCAAAAUCGCAGCCCAAAACGAAUCGUGAGAAUGGCCCAGACUGCCCAAAACCCAGUGAAGCAGCAACUGAGAAUCACCGUACCCAACAAACAUGGUGAGAAACUUGUGGGCUUAUUACACGACACAGGUUCAGGGCAGAUUGUUAUCUUAUGUCACGGUUUUCGAUCCUCCAAGGAAACGAAGAGUAUUGCAAACAUUGCUGUUGCACUGGAGAAUGAAGGAAUUAGUUCCUUUCGUUUUGACUUUGCUGGGAAUGGGGAAAGUGAAGGUACCUUUCAGUAUGGUCACUAUCGUAGAGAGGCCGAUGACUUGCAUGCUGUAGUCCAACACUUUUCUGGGGAAAAUCGUGUACCAAGUGCAAUCCUUGGGCACAGUAAAGGAGGUGAUGCUGUGCUCCUAUAUGCUUCCAAGUAUCAUGACAUUCGUACCGUUGUCAAUGUUUCUGGGCGUUAUGAUUUGAAGAGAGGCAUUAGAGAACGCUUCGGAAAAGACUUUAUGCAAACAAUCAAAAAGGAAGGAUUUAUUGAUGUUCACGAUAAGAGAGGAAGUUAUCGAGUGACUGAGGAAAGUUUGAUGGAUCGCCUAAGUACAGAUAUGCAUGAAGCAUGCCUUCGAAUUGACAAAGAUUGUCGGGUGUUAACCGUCCAUGGGUCUGCUGAUGAAGUCAUCGCUGUUGAAGACGCAUUAGAGUUUGCCAAGAUUAUACCUAAUCACAAAUUACAUAUUGUGGAAGGAGCUAACCAUAAUUAUAGCUCACAUCAAGCCGAAUUGGCAUCAGUUGUUGUGGACUUCAUAAAGACAUCACUGCAACCGGACAAGUCUACCUCUUAGUCUUUGUCUGGGAUCAGUAUACAAAUUGCAGUUUCUUCUAUUGACCAUUCUUAGGGCUUGCGUUGAAGUUCUUAACUGCCGACGACAUUUCUUGGCCAACAUGGUGCUCCACCAGAGAAAUUAGAUACAUAUCGACCUCAAUUAUGUUUCUAGAGGAAUUACACUCUUUAUUGUGUGCAAAUCAAAUUUCAUACGUGUAUAGGGAUUAUCUUAUAAACUUCGGGCAUCUGUAUGGAACCAUUUUCUUGCAACUCCUGUCAAUGUAGUAAAUUUUUCUUCAGAUUAAUUAAGAAAAUAUG